AUGUCAACCUCGAAUAUAACCCUAUCAUCCAACAUCCUCGGCACAAUCGGCACAGUCCUCUGGUGCAUCCAAUUAAUCCCUCAAAUAUGGCACAACUGGCGCCGCAAGAACACAGAUGGAUUUCCUGCUUCGAUGAUGUUUCUCUGGGCAUGCUGUUCCGUGCCAAUGGGAGCAUAUCUGAUUCUGCAGAUUCCGUAUAACAACGGUGUGACAUGGCCUGAUAUUGUGGUUGGCGUUGUGGCUACUCUCUUUCUCAGUGCGGGUCUGUUGCCGCCGUACUUUGAGCUGUGGAAGAGAGAUGGGCGCGUUAUUGGGUUCACGGCUCAAGGCUCAUUUGAUAUCUUGGGAGGGAUUAUGUAUAUCUUGGUGGUUGUUCUCGAGGCGGGAAUAUAUAUCAGCCACAUCAUCUGGCGCAUUCGAUAUCGCAAGCUGCGCAAAGAGGCAAAAGCCACAGGCAUGAGCAUUGAUGAACUACUUUCCAUGGAUGGAAACAAUACUCGAGACACGCAGGACCUCGAGAAAGGGGUUAUCCCUGGUUCUGAGGUGGCUGAGAAUCAGACACGAACGGAUAUGAAAUAA